AUGACAAUAAGUCGUGAUAAAAAACGUGGCGAGGAAAUUAAGCAUGAGCAAUGUGUUGAUGAUAAACGAAUCACAAAACGCGAUGGUUUUCUGUAUUUGAAGGUGAAAAUGAUGCAGCAUAAAACGGGUACGAGAGUUGCCCAAAGAUUAAGACAUGUGAUGAGACCGGCAGGAAGCGAACCUCUGAAUCCUCGUCUCCGUACCAAACCGCAUGGCUCACUGCAAUAUCUCUUAUCAAUCUGCCAUGUUCCUGUUCAACUUGAUAAACGGUUUACGAUAAUUCACAACAUCUAUAAACAUUUAAUCGUAGUCCCGUGGUGCGAUGGACAACACCAAGUGAAAAAUAGUAAAGAAGGACACGUUUAUGUGACACGUGUGACGAAUGAGUCGUUGAGUGCUGAAUGUCUGAUGGUUGGGGAUCGAAUUUUGCAAGUUGAUGGGACAGUCAUUAAUGACAAAGAGAUGGCAAGGAAGAUUAUUGUUCAGGGUUUGUCAUCAAGAAAUGUAAGCAUUAUUGUAGAACGUCCUGAUUCUCCCAAAGCACGCAAUUUCGUAUCCGAAGUAUUGUCCGUUCGAACACCACCAAAUGAUGAGAGAUUGAGACAAGUUUAACUCGAUUCCAAAAAACCUCUACAGUUUUGAUUUCCCUCUGAAGAUGAGCAAAAUGGAUGGACAGCUCAACAAUCUCUG